AUGACGACCUACCCCACCGCCCUCCCCCCCGCCCUCACAACCCCGCCCCCACCGCUCGUCUACACGCUCCUCGCCUUCCCGACGCCGCAGAUCCUGCUGGUGACCAUCAACCGCCCCCAGCACAUGAACUGCAUCAACACGGCCGGCCACCACGAGAUGCACAACCUGUGGGAGUGGUACGACAGCGAGCCGACGCUGCGGUGCGCCAUUGUCACCGGCGCGAAGGGCGGCAAGAAGGAGGCGUUUUGUGUCGGGCAGGAUCUGAAAGAAUGGCACACCUCAAUAACGAACCCCACCACCACCACCACCACCGAAGGCCCCUCCCACCCCCCCAGCGGCUUCGCCGGCCUCUCCCAACGCACCGGCAAAAAACCCGUAAUAACCGCAAUCUCCGGCCUCACCCUCGGCGGCGGCUUCGAGCUCACCCUCAACGCCGACCUCACCCUCUGCACACCCACCAGCACCUUCUCCCUCCCCGAGUCCCUCAUCGGCGUCGCCGCCUUCGCCGGCGCCCUCCCGCGCCUGACACUCCUCGUGGGCCUCCCGCGCGCCAGCGAGCUCGCCUACACCGGCCGCGUGCUCACCGCGGCCGAGGCGGAGGCCUGGGGCAUCGUCAACCGUGUGGUGGGGCCGGACGAGGAUGUGGUGGGGGCGGCGGUGGAGGUGGCCGGGAAGGUGGUGAGGUGCAGUCCGGAGAGUGUGGUUGUGAGUCGCGCGGGGCUGAGGAGUGCGUGGGAGGCGGGGGGGGUGGGGGAGAAGGUGGCGGGGGUGUGGGGCGGUGUCGGGGGCGUGUUGAGGGGGGGGGAGAAUGUGAAGGAGGGGUUGGCGAGUUUUGUGGAGGGGAGGAAGCCGCGGUGGGGGGUUAGUAAGUUGUAG